AUGUCUCACCACAACGUCUCCCAAGGCGUCGCCGGCGAGUCGCAGUUCGUCAACCGAGCGGCCCCGAACACGCCAUACUUCACUCCGGCUCAGGAUCCACCCGCGGGCACCGCUUUCGUGAGCGCGGACAAGAAGGAUGUCCCGAAGCUCUUCAGGCCGUUGAAGAUUCGCGGGGUCACUUUGCAAAACCGCAUCAUGUUGUCGCCGUUGUGCCAAUAUAGCGCAGAGGAUGGUCACUACACGAUGUGGCAUCUCACACAUAUGGGCGGCAUCAUCCAAAGAGGACCUGGACUUGCAUGCGUUGAAGCCACCGCCGUCACCCCACAGGGUCGUAUCACGCCUGAAGAUGUCGGACUGUGGAAGGAUAGUCAAAAGGAGAACCUCACCAAGUUGGUCGAGUUUGCCCACUCGCAGAACCAGAAGGUCAUGAUUCAACUCGCACACGCUGGCAGGAAAGCGUCGACUGUUGCACCCUGGUUGAGCUCCGGUGCUGUUGCCGGCAAGGACCUAAAUGGCUGGCCAGAUGAGGUUUACGCCCCAAGCGCAAUCCCGUGGAACGAGCACCACGCCAACCCCAAAGAGAUGACCCUACAAGACAUUGAAGAUUUCAAAGCAGCGUUUUUGGCGGCAGUUCGCCGCGCGGUCGAUUGCGGCUUUGACAUUAUCGAAAUUCACAACGCCCACGGAUACCUGCUUCACUCUUUCCUCUCCCCAGUGAGCAACCAGCGAAAGGACAAAUAUGGCGGUAGCUUUGAGAACCGCACCCGUCUCACCCUUGAACUUGUCGAGGAGACCCGCAAGAUCAUCCCCAAGGACAUGCCGUUGUUCUUGCGAAUCAGUGCCACCGACUACCUCGAAGAGCAAGACGACAUUGCCGAGUCCUGGACACCCGAAGAUACCGCCCGUCUGGCUCCUCUACUUGCCGAGCGGGGCGUAGACCUCCUCGAUGUCUCAGGGGGUGGCAACCACCCUAAGCAGCACCCUCACAGCAAACCCGCAUACCAGGCCCCCUUCGCCAUCAAAGCCAAACAGGCCGUCGGCGACAAGCUGGCCGUCGGCUCCGUCGGCUCCAUCGACAACGCCAAAUUGGCCAACGAGCUCCUGGAGAAGGACAACCUCGACCUGGUCAUCGUCGGCCGCGCCUUCCAGAAGAACCCCGGCCUGGUCUUCGCCUGGGCCGAUGAGCUCGGUGUCAAGGUCAACAUGCCUAACCAGAUCCGAUGGGGUUUCGGCGGACGAGGGAAGCAGGAGGGAACUCCGGUUACCGAAGUCCCUGAGUGGGCUGGAAAGGCGUAG